AAUAUAAAUCACGCUAAUGUAAAUUAAUCACCUUUUAAACAAGUUACCAAGAUUAUCAGUAUAAUUAUUCCUGUCAAAUCAACGCUUGUUAGUAGUUGUGUGCACAUCCGACAAUGGACCGCAUUUAUCCCUUACAUACCAUUUAGAUGUGCAUACCUUUAGUCAUUAAGUUAUUAGACGCAAGCAGUGUAAUUUUUAUGGUUGUAUGUUAUUUGUAGUUUGUGUUUCGUGAAGAAAAAGGUGACAAUUGCAAACCCACAAUUUACAAUCUGCAAGUGACGACUCUUACUUUCUAUUUCACAACGAUUGGUUUGAUUGCCUUACAGUAGUACACCCUAUGUGUUUUAAUCCGGUUAGCUUACGUCGGGAAUAAAGGUGCAGUAAAUCGUACCGACGGUAGUGUUACUAGCGGUAGUAUUAGUGCGAAUGUAGUGUGCACGAGCCGAUAAAAUUCAGUGCGUGAUAAGUGUGUUCAGCGGCGUUUUGGCAGCCAUCAUCGCUACCGAUGUGUUAAAAGUGAAAGGAAGAGCGAAAUAAUUUGAUCACGGCCCCGAAAGAGGAAAGUUAACGCUUCCUUUUCGCACACCGUUUUCAUUGUUCAAGUGGUGUAACAUAAAGGAAGCCCCAAAAAAAAAACAUCACCGAUUGCAUCAAAACCCUACCAUCGAGCCACAAUUUGUCGAGGGGUUAGCGAAUUUCGACGUUAAAAACAACCAUUCCGCAGGUGGUUCGAUACUGCUGGUGGAGUAAAAUUGAAAAAAGUCAACGAAAUCGAUGCUGCCAAACAGUGAACAAGAGCAAAUGAUCCUUCUUCAAUGAGAGCAGUCCCCGGAUCCGAGCAACUGAAGCAGGAGUUAUCACCAUGAGGACCCUCGACCGACCAGCAGCCAGUCUGCUUUGGUCAACAUGCCUGUUGGCCUUGCACUUUACGAUACCAGCCACCGAUGCCGCCGAAUCCAGUUUGAUGAGCCAUGUCGAAAAACAGCGCUACGACGGAUGGUACAACAAUCUGGCCCAUCCAGACUGGGGAGCUGUCGAUAAUCACCUGACAAGGAAAGCCCCAUCGGCGUAUUCGGACGGUGUGUAUGUGCUGGCAGGUGCUAAUCGGCCAUCGCCUCGCAAGCUCAGCAGACUGUUCAUGCGUGGCACAGAUGGUCUGCCAUCGAUGGAAAACCGUACCGCUCUGCUGGCCUUCUUCGGUCAGGUGGUGACUAACGAGAUAGUUAUGGCGUCCGAAUCGGGCUGCCCGAUCGAGAUGCACCGUAUCGAGAUCGAGAAGUGUGACGAGAUGUACGAUCGAGAGUGCCGCGGUGAUCGAUAUAUCCCAUUCCAUCGUGCGGCCUACGAUCGCAAUACGGGCCAGAGCCCAAAUGCGCCCCGCGAGCAAAUCAAUCAGAUGACGGCUUGGAUCGAUGGAAGUUUUAUCUACAGUACGUCGGAGGCAUGGCUGAAUGCGAUGCGUUCGUUCCAGGACGGUGCACUGCUGACGGACAAGCAGGGUACAAUGCCGAUAAAGAAUACGAUGCGGGUCCCACUGUUCAACAAUCCUGUGCCGCAUGUGAUGCGAAUGCUUAGUCCGGAACGACUUUACUUACUAGGUGAUCCUAGAACAAAUCAAAAUCCAGCCCUACUCUCUUUCGCCAUUCUUUUUCUGCGUUGGCAUAAUGUUGUGGCCAAGCGAGUUCGCCGUCAGCAUCGGGAUUGGAGUGAUGAAGAAAUUUUCCAACGAGCGCGCCGCGUGGUGAUCGCUAGUCUGCAAAACGUUAUUGCCUACGAGUACUUGCCUGCGUUCCUGGACAAGGAGAUACCACCGUACGAUGGUUAUAAGGCGGACACUCAUCCAGGUGUAAGCCAUAUGUUUCAGGCGGCUGCAUUCCGAUUUGGACACUCUUUGAUUCCACCAGGACUGUUUCGUCGCGAUGGUCAAUGCAACUUCCGUCGAACAAAUAUGGACUUUCCAGCUCUUCGACUUUGUUCUACAUGGUGGAAUUCUAAUGAUGUGCUGGACAAUACGCCGGUAGAAGAGUUCAUUAUGGGUAUGGCAUCGCAGAUUGCCGAAAAGGAAGAUCCUCUACUGUGCUCGGACGUACGAGAUAAAUUAUUUGGUCCGAUGGAGUUUACGCGGCGAGAUCUUGGCGCUUUGAAUAUUAUGCGCGGUCGUGACAAUGGGCUUCCAGAUUAUAAUACGGCACGUGCAGCUUACCGGCUACCGAAGAAGAAAAAUUGGCGUGACAUCAACCCACAAGUGUUUGAGCGGCAGCCUGAACUGUUGGAGCUGUUAAUCAACACGUACGAUAAUCAGCUGGACAACGUGGACGUUUAUGUUGGUGGAAUGUUGGAAUCCGAUGGAAGACCCGGUGAACUGUUCUCAGCCGUUAUAAUCGAUCAGUUUGCCAGAAUUCGUGAUGCCGAUCGGUUCUGGUUUGAGAAUGAAGAUAACGGUAUAUUCACCAAGGAAGAAAUAGCCGAAAUACGGAAGUUUACGCUUUGGGACAUCAUCGUCAACAGCACGGACAUCGAAGGGGAUGAAAUUCAGCGUGAUGUUUUUCAUUGGAAACAAGGUGAUCCUUGUCCGCAGCCUGAGCAACUGAACGCAACUUUACUGGAGCCAUGCAACUACCUCGAAGGAUACGAUUACUUCUCCGGUUCGGAGCUAGCGUACAUCUACUCAUGUGUCUUUUUGGGUUUCGUGCCCAUCCUAUGUGCCGGUGCCGGAUACUGUGUGAUCAAGCUACAGAACAGCCGACGACGCAAACUGAAAAUCAAACAGGAAGCCAUGAAAAACACUGCCAACAGUAAAGUGUCCGUGGAGAAGAUGGUAGCUCGCGAGUGGUUACAUGCAAAUCACAAACGACUGGUCACGGUGAAAUUCGGACCAGAAGCGGCAAUCUACACAGUCGAUCGCAAGGGAGAGAAAUUACGCACUUUCAAUCUGAAGCACGUCGAUGUGGUGACUGUGGAACAAUCGCAAGAAAACUACAAGGCAAAGAAACCUUACAUUCUGCUCCGUGUGCCAAACGAUCAUGACCUGGUGCUGGAACUGGAAUCGAACUCCGCUCGCCGGAAGUUUGUGAAAAAGCUGGAAGAUUUUCUUGUGCUGCACAAAAAGGCUAUGACUUUUGUUGAAUCGAACCGUGAUCUGAUGCUGGCCAAGGCCGAAACUCGUGAGCGUCGUCAGAAGCGACUUGAGCACUUUUUCCGCGAAGCUUACGCACUGACAUUUGGUUUGCGGCCAGGAGAGCGACGUCGCCGCUCGGAUGCAUCGCUGGAUGGUGAAGUAAUGACGGUGAUGCGUACCAGUUUGUCGAAGUCAGAAUUUGCAGCAGCGCUUGGAAUGAAACCCGACGAUAUGUUCGUUCGGAAGAUGUUCAAUAUCGUUGAUAAGGACAAAGAUGGAAGAAUAUCCUUCCAGGAAUUCUUGGAAACCGUAGUACUGUUUUCCCGGGGAAAGACUGAUGAUAAACUAAGGAUCAUAUUCGAUAUGUGUGACAACGAUCGAAACGGCGUGAUUGAUAAAGGAGAACUAAGCGAAAUGAUGCGAUCUUUGGUGGAGAUUGCUCGAACAACGAGCGUUACUGAUGAGCAAGUAAACGAACUGAUCGACGGCAUGUUCCAGGAUGUUGGUCUAGAGCACAAGAACCAUUUAACCUACGAGGAUUUUAAGCUUAUGAUGAAGGAAUACAAGGGUGACUUUGUUGCGAUUGGAUUGGACUGCAAGGGUGCUAAGCAGAACUUCCUCGAUACAUCCACCAAUGUGGCUCGCAUGACGUCGUUCCAAGUUGAACCGAUUUCAGAUUCACGCCGUCACUGGGUACAAGAAAAAUGGGACAGCUAUACGACCUUCCUUGAGGAGAAUCGUCAAAACAUUUUCUACCUUUUCCUGUUCUACGUAAUCACCAUCGUAUUGUUUGUGGAGCGAUUUAUUCAUUAUUCAUUUAUGGCGGAGCAUACUGAUCUGCGGCAUAUCAUGGGUGUCGGAAUUGCAAUAACACGAGGAUCUGCUGCUUCAUUGUCAUUUUGUUACUCGCUUUUAUUGCUCACGAUGUCGAGAAAUCUUCUCACAAAGCUUAAGGAGUUUCCCAUCCAGCAGUACAUCCCGCUCGAUUCGCACAUUCAAUUCCAUAAAAUCGCAGCCUGUACUGCGUUAUUCUUUUCGCUGCUGCACACGGUGGGUCACAUCGUGAAUUUCUACCACGUAUCUACACAAUCGAUCGAGAAUCUCAAAUGUCUCACGAAAGAAGUGCAUUUUACGUCCGACUAUCGACCCGACAUAACGUACUGGCUGUUUCAAACCGUCACUGGCGUCACAGGGGUAAUGUUGUUUGUUACCAUGUGCAUCAUAUUCGCUUUCGCCCAUCCAACGAUUCGCAAGAAGGCGUACAAGUUUUUCUGGAACGCACAUUCCCUGUACGUGGUUCUGUAUGCAUUGUGUCUUGUGCACGGACUGGCACGCUUGACCGGUGCGCCUAGAUUCUGGCUGUUCUUUAUUGGGCCCGGUAUUGUGUAUACGUUGGAUAAGAUCGUCUCUCUACGCACGAAGUACAUGGCACUGGAUGUUAUUGAAACCGAUCUGUUACCGUCGGACGUUAUCAAGAUUAGGUUCUACCGUCCGCCGAAUCUAAAGUAUCUUUCCGGCCAGUGGGUGCGGUUAUCAUGCACUGAAAUAAAGCCCGAGGAAAUGCACAGCUUCACGCUCACAUCGGCACCGCACGAAAACUUCCUCAGCUGUCAUAUCAAGGCGCAAGGUCCAUGGACAUGGAAGUUGCGCAACUACUUCGACCCGUGCAAUUACAACCCGGAUGAUCAGCCGAAGAUACGCAUUGAGGGACCGUUCGGUGGGGGCAAUCAGGAUUGGUACAAGUUCGAGGUCGCUGUUAUGGUUGGCGGUGGUAUCGGUGUAACGCCAUACGCAUCGAUUCUGAACGAUCUUGUGUUUGGUACCAGUACCAACCGGUACUCGGGAGUCGCCUGUAAGAAAGUGUACUUCCUGUGGAUCUGCCCGUCGCACAAACACUUUGAAUGGUUUAUCGAUGUAUUGCGUGAUGUGGAGAAAAAGGAUGUUACAAACGUACUGGAGAUCCAUAUUUUCAUCACUCAAUUCUUCCACAAGUUCGAUCUUCGAACUACCAUGCUGUACAUUUGCGAAAAUCACUUCCAACGUCUUUCAAAAACGUCCAUGUUCACCGGGCUUAAAGCGGUGAAUCACUUCGGACGUCCUGAUAUGUCCAGUUUUCUCAAAUUCGUACAAAAGAAACAUUCAUAUGUGUCCAAGAUCGGAGUCUUCUCUUGCGGACCGCGGCCACUCACAAAAAGUGUUAUGUCGGCUUGCGACGAAGUGAACAAGAGCCGCAAAUGGCCAUACUUCAUACAUCAUUUCGAAAACUUUGGGUAAACAGUGAAGCUUUUAGUACACCGUCAUCGUUCCGUCCUCAUUACAAUAUCCAUAAGCUAUCGGUUAACCAUUACGCACAUACACAUUCUCCAAUCGAUCAAAGAGGAGAUUCAUUUGCUCACUGUAAUUUCGGAAGCAAAAAGUGGUUUGUCGAUUAUUUUUAUGUUAUAGUUUCGAGUGUUUGUCUGCGUUUAUGAUUGUAUGUGAAGCUUUCGGUGGGCUGCAUCGUUAAUGCGAACGAUGGAGCAUAGCAAAUAGCAGUUUCAGUAUUUACAAUAUUCUCGUUCGAUUACUGCCCCAUCAAACGAGUCCGUUUUGUUCAUUUUAAUGUUAGUUGUAGAACGUCCAGCUUUUGAUCGCAACAUCUCCAGAUCACUGCCUUAAAGGCAUAUUUAUUCCACUUCCAUAUGGAAGAAAGUAUGAAACACUAAACAUAGCUACGAGAAACUGAUCAAUAGUCCAUUCAGCUCACCAACGGCAAUCAUUUUGAUUAAUAUGGUUUUGUCCAUUCGAAGUUCAACAACAAAAAUUAGUAAUAGGUAUCUCUACAGGCGUAUGCUGCAUACAGAUCGAUACAAGCAAUAUUCACACGGUAAAGUACCAUUUCAUAAUGCGUGAUAUUACAUAUACGAAUAAUCGCAACUAUUUGCUAGCAUAAGAAAAAGAUUGGGCUAGUUUCGGUUUUGUUCGCAGGUGGCUUCUAUUAGGAAAAGUUUCGCUUAGUGCAAGUAAUUGCUGUUCUAACGAUCUUACGCUGGUUUACGUUUAUUCUUACCAACUGCCAGAAUAUGUACCUUUUGCGUGGUUUGUACAGCUUGUCACAGUACAGUGUAGCCGUUUGGGUUUUUGUACCGUUUUAUUUUCGUCAAUAUGUAUGUUGCUCAAGCUCUUUUAUGCUGGCCUUUAUGGAAUAAGUCAUUGCUGUCUUUGGCAAAUAAGUAAACAAACAAUGUAAAUAUGCAUUACAAUCAUUGCUGUAUUUAUUAUACUGUGUACACAACCGAUAAAUAUAAGCAUUUCAACAACAGUA